UGUACGGUGGCGGCACAGUUUGUGUGACAUGUGACGUCAUCAUUUACUGUGAUCUUGUCGCGGAUACAAAUCUCGAGCAGACUCAGAGUUCUGAUGCUCUGAAAAGUAUCGGGAUCACUUAUCCGCCAUGAGGAAGUCCUGGCCAGCUUCAGCUGUUUUAGCAGCUUAAGAAGCAUUUCAACUGCCAAAGUCUAGAACUACCUUCUGAUCAGGGCACUUAGCUGCAAUUCCACCCUCAUGACCCUGACACAACAGGCGAUGCUAGCAAGAGCUCUCUACGACAACAUCGCGGAGAGCCCUGAUGAGCUGGCCUUCCGCAAGGGUGACAUCGUCAGCAUUAUCGAGGAGAGCCCAGGCGGGCUCGUCGGAUGGUGGCUUUGCUCGCUGCGCGGCCGCAAUGGCAUCGCGCCGGCCAACCGGCUGCGGGCGAUGGCCAGCGGUCAGCCAAUGCCGGUGGAACAGAAGCAGGCGCAGUUCCGCAGACGCAGCUGGAACUCGGCUCCCAACAAGGUGGUGACACCGCAGCGCGUCGGCGACGUCUACUUGUAUGACGUACCGCCGCUGCGUGGCCAGGCUGACUACGACGUGCCCCACCCGCAGAACAUCCCCGUGCCGGGCCUCGCCCUCGACACGUACGACGUGCCGCCCUCCGCCGCCGCCGUCGCCGCCUUCGCCUCGCCGCAGUUCUCGUCGCCCGGCCGCGCCGUCCACGUCGACAUGGCCGACACGUACAGCGUGCCGCCGCACCCGGUCGCCGUCGCCGACGACUACGACCGGCCGCAAUCGGAUCGCUCGAGCGCGGCGUCGUCGUCGCUGCUCGGCGGUGUUGCCGCGGACGACGCCACGACAGUGUCGUCGGGGAGCCUGUCGAGUCUGACGGACGCCGCGCUGUCGCUGUCGAAUCCGCCGAGCACGUGCGGCUCGAAUCGCUCGAGCGGCGAGCUGCUCGACGUCUACGACUGCCCACCGCCGAACCCGCGGCGUGUCGUCGCCACGGCGAUGAGCGGCGACUCGGAGGACGUGCUCGAGAAGUUUGCGGACAUCAGCGCCGAGCUGAGCCGCGUGUGCAUGACGGUGAACGCGACAUACGACGUGCCGCCGGGUGGUGGGCCAGGCCAGCAGCAGCAGAAGCAGGUGCUCGUCGCAGACCUGUACGACGUGCCGCCGUGCAAUCGGCCCGUGCUCGCCGCGAAGGGCGAGGCCGCAAAGACGAAGAAGUGCGCAACGCCCGACUACGUGCACAGCGGCGACUUCGUCUACGACGUGCCGCCGCAGGUCACCAAGGAUCAGCCGCUCGAGGUCGCCAACUUUAGCGGCGACGGCAAGGCGUCGUCGUCGUCCGCGUCAUCGUCGUCGGGCGGCGGCGCGUUCUCCGGCGACGGCGGCGUCGUUGCCGCGGCUACCGACGGCAAGGAGCUGCCGCUCGACCUCGACGCAGCGAUGGACAUGCUCGUGAAGCUGCAGCAGGAGCUGCAGGGCGCCGCCGCGAAGCUGUUUGGCUUCGUGCACUCAUCGUGGCGCGCGAAGGACGCGCUCGAGGUGAACAUCUUCAACAUCAAGCUGUCGUGCACACGCGUGCAGUCGUCGCUGCGCGAGUUCCUCGACUUUGCGCGCGGCGCCGUCGCCAACGCGGCGCGCUGCUCAGACAAGGGCCUUGCGGCGAAGCUGGCGCGGCUCUGCAAGCCCGUCGAUGAGCAGCACGCGGCCGUGCAGCGCGCGAUGGCCGCCAUCGACCGGAUUGAGUGGCAGCCGGCGCUGCUCGCCGCGCGGCAGCCCGGCGGCGCCAGCCUCGACGAGAUUGUCGCGAGCGCGCGCACGCUGCUCGAGGACGCACGCGCACUCGCCUCCGUCAUCCACGCAAACUCGAAGCUGCUCUUCAAGCGCGCGGCGACCGUCUCGAAGGAGGGCUCGCCGGCGAAGACCUCCUCCUCCGGGAAGCCUGCCGUCCUGCCGAAGCCUGGCAGGAAAGCGGUACGCGAUGCCGGGGGAGGCAUCCAAGAGCGGCCGCUGCCGUCGGUUCCCGCGCAGCGCACCGCCAAGCCGAAGCAGGGCGGCGGCGACGACGGCGACCAGGACUACGAGAACGACGGCGAUGACUGGUUUCACGACUACGAGUACGUGCAGAUCGACGACGCGAACAACGGCAACGCGACGCUCAAGGCGAAGCCGAAGGGCGGCAGCCCGAAGAAGGUGCCGGCGUCAGCGACGUCUGUGGGCGGCGGCGGCGGCGACCGGCAGGUGCUCGAGUUCUACGCGUCGCAGAUCGCCUCGCACGUCGCGAAGCUGAUGAACGGCAUCGACGCAUUCCUGCUCGCCGUCGAGAACACCGAGCCGCCAAAGUCGUUCAUCGCGCACAGCAAGUUCGUCGUGCUCUCGACGCACCGGCUCGUCAACAUCGGCGACACGCUGUACCGCAACGUCGCGUCGGCCGACGUGAAGACGGGCAUCAUCCGCGCGACGAACGCGCUCUGCGACUGCCUCAAGGUGACGGUGAUGACGACGAAGGUCGCCGCGCAGAACUACCCGCAGGUGAAGUCCAUGCAGGACAUGGUGGACAGCAUCGUGGACAUCUCGCACGCUGCGAGCGAGCUGCGCAUGGUCGUCACGCAGGCCGCGAGCUGGUAGCAACGGAACCGCGGACGCUGUGUACGUGGCGAGUGAACUUCCCAGUAAACACGCACGGUGCGAGCUGGUAGUGCCACGCGCGCGGCGAGUGAACGUGGUGGACUGUGCCCGGUCAGCAUGCAGGCCGCGAGCUGGUAGCAUCGUGCGCUCGGCGAGUGAACGGAACCGCGGACGCUGUGUACGUGGCGAGUGAACUUCCCAGUAAACACGCACGGUGCGAGCUGGUAGUGCCACGCGCGCGGCGAGUGAACGUGGUGGACUGUGCCCGGUCAGCAUGCAGGCCGCGAGCUGGUAGCAUCGUGCGCUCGGCGAGUGAACGGAACCGCGAACGCUGUGCACGUGGCUAGUGAACUGCCCAGUCAGCACGCAUGAUGCUGAACUGUGCCCAGUCAGCACGCAGGCGUUGAGCUAACGCUCGUAGAGAUGGCAGGCAGCGUCGGGGGAUGGCUCGCACAGCAGCUUGACAGGUUCUCGAGUCGAGCAGUGGCGGUGUGUGCAAGCGUCUGGUGAUCAGGUGAUCGGCCAAAAUUUCCAGUGUUUGUUCUUUUGUCGAUGGCAAUUAGUACGUCGUUGUUUUCUCUCCGUAUGUUGGUUGCAGCUCUCGUAGAAUUUCAAUCGAGCAUGGUCGAACUGCAGCAUGGAAUGUUUCAGGGCACACUCCUUUUAUCUCAUGACACAGUUUCACUGUUUGGGCUGUUCGCAAGACAUCGAACAUAAAGUUAAUACCCGUGGAUACAUGUAUAUAUAUAUAUAUAUAUAUACUGGAAGAAACCACUGGCAGAUUCUGGCAUUCUAAAAUGAACACAAUCUCAAAUAAUACUCCCGUGCCAAAAUUCCACAUACUGGUAACGGCAAUCGAUAUGCGUAUGUAUAAAUCUCUAUCCUGAUUACGUUAUGUCUUAACAACAAGCAGCCGUUUUGCCACGCUCGUAUGUCGGUGUGUGUACAAUUUAAAAAUGGCAUGUGUCUAUUCGACUGUACGUAUGUCAUAGGCGUUUGAUGAUUCUGCAGACGUUUCUAUAGAAGAGAUCAUAUUUCAAUUUGCUGAUCAGUCAGUCAGAUGUCUCUCGUCAAGCAACGCGUGUGCAUUUACUUGGAUGAUACAUAUUUUAUGCGAGCAGUUUCAGUAAUGUUGGUUUUUACUCGUAACUGAAGAGUUCAAGUACCUGUUAAAAGUCAAAUAUGUAACUGUCUGUACAUUUUUCAGCAUGUUCUGUUUGGUGUGUACAUAUGGAAAACGAUCAAUCGUUUUGUGUGUAGUAAUUUAACAAAGUGUAACUUUGUUGACUUAAUAGUGACUCGUUUCUAUGAUUUGUAUCUGGCUCACUGAUAUUUUACUGUCGUCGACCUACAGCCCCCACAGAGUCGUAGCUGGUUAAAUGUGUUUUAUUACCGAGUGCAACAGGGGCUAUGCCUACAUCGCAUCUAGCCCCUGCUUCUUACCAGGUCACAGAAUAGAAAACUAUUAAUUAGGAUUGCGAUAAAAACAAAAAUGAUAUAACAGACCGUAGUUAUACCAACGCGCAGUAACAAGCAUCUUCGCGUGCGGCAGUAGAACGUAAUUAGCGCACGUAGCUUGGUUAAGUUUGCCAAUUUACAGCACUCCAUGUAAACUUUCUCAAUGUUUUUGUGCGUUUGGUGUUUUUUAAAGUGUACGCAUUUGAAAUGUGUAAUUUUU